UAUAUCUUCCAACCUACACCGCUCAAGAGAUGGCUCUCUGUUCCAAUCGUAAAUGAAAAGGCGUGCCUGUCCAAAAUAUUCAACGUAUAGUUAAAAAAUGGGUGGGUACAUUUUAAACUCGUUUAGGUCCUCUAUGAAGGUAGGCUGCAGCGUGUGUUUAUUGAUGAGAUGAAAGAAGAUGGAAGUGAGAAAUGAAACAAAGUAAGGGAAAAUAUUAAAAAACUCGAAGCCUUGCCGGGGAAAAACCGGGGAAGCUGCAAAACGCUGUCGCCACUGGAGAACAAGCUUAGGACAGCAGCGAUAGUUCUGGAUUGGCUCACGAAGGCACUGCCAGGACAUCAAAUGUGAUCUGGGAUGUCAUUGCCAGGUGGGGAGGUUUCGGAGGCGUCCAGUUUAAAUUGAAAGGGUGGUAUUGAAGAGACCACUGUGGCCCUGUGGCAGAGCGACCUAUGAUAGUGGCAGCAGAGAGGACUGAAGGGACAGCCUAGGACUGGUCUUUCCAUAGCCACCUUCACCAGCAACCUGUAGCAGUGUGCCCUGUGCCUCAUCACCAGCCUCACACACAUCUUCCCAACAAAGAGUCAUCUGACUGUGACAUCUGUUGCAAGGGGAUGACCGAGCGCAUUCAUAACAUCAAUCUCCACAACUUCAGCAAUUCUGUACUUGAGACCCUCAAUGAGCAGCGCAACCGCGGGCACUUCUGUGACGUGACUGUUCGGAUCCAUGGAAGCAUGCUGCGAGCCCACCGCUGCGUGCUGGCCGCUGGGAGCCCCUUCUUUCAGGACAAGCUUCUCCUGGGCUACAGUGACAUUGAGAUCCCCUCGGUGGUCUCGGUGCAGUCCAUCCAGAAGCUGAUAGACUUCAUGUACAGCGGGGUCCUGCGGGUGUCCCAAUCAGAGGCUCUCCAGAUCCUCACUGCUGCCAGCAUCCUGCAGAUCAAGACGGUCAUCGAUGAGUGCACCCGCAUCGUGUCCCAGAAUGUGGGCCUGGCCGGUCCAGGGGGGUUCCCUGUCAACCCAGGGGACUCUGGGCAGGAGACGCCCCGGGGCACACCUGAGUCAGGCACCUCUGGGCCCAGCAGCGAUGCAGAGUCAGGGUACAUGCAGGCCACGUCCCAGCAGAGCCUUGAGCGUGCGUACACAUCGCUGUACUCCUACUCAGGCCUCUCACUGCAGAAUGGAACCCGUGAACGCUCCCACUACGUAACCAGUAUGACAACAAGCUACGACCCAGCCCUUAGCAUGCAGAAGGACCAGCACGACCAGGACCCGCCGUGGAUCACCCGCAUCCAUGAAAGGUCACAGCAGAUGGAACGCUUCCUAUCCACCCCUGAGACCACCCACUGCCGCAAGCAGCCCCGACCGGUACGCAUACAGACAGGAGGCAUUCACAUAAAGCAGGAGGCAGAGGAUGAGUACAGCUGCUAUGGUAUGGAUGAGUGCACAGAGGACACUGACCACGUUGAGGGUGUGGAGACUGAACCGAAGGGUGAAAGCUUUGACUCAGGGGUAAGCUCCUCCAUUGGUACUGAGCCAGACUCCGUGGACCAGCACCAGUACCCCGUGGGCUUUGGGAGGGAAGGAGGUGGAGAGGGGACCCCAGUGCAGAUUGAAGUCGAUGACUCCUCCCCAGAGCAGAUUCAUGAGACGGAGGAAGGGGGCACAUCCCACAGCACUAGCGACAGUAACAUGUUGCAGCCCCUGCCCAACCCAAUCAUGGCCCAGUCUCUGCCAAGUGCCCUACUCUAUAUGCGUCAGGUCGAAUCUCACACCAGCAAUCUGAGGAUGCCGCUCACCAUGACCAGCAACACCCAGGUAAUGGGCAUGGCUGGCAACUCCUACCUGCCCACUCUGUUUCCCACACAGUCGGCCAGCAACAACAAGCCCUUCCUCUUCAGCCUGCAGCAGCCCAUGGGAGGCCAGCAGCCCCAGUUUGUGUCCGGGCCUACCCCUAGUAUGCCCCCAUUCCCUCAGCAAUUGACGGUACAGCAACAGGCAGCGCGGGAACAGCAACAGGCGGCCGCGAUGGGACAGGGGGAGAAGAAGCCCUAUGAGUGCACUCUCUGCACUAAAACCUUCACUGCUAAACAGAACUACGUCAAACACAUGUUUGUGCACACUGGUGAGAAACCACAUCAGUGCAGCAUCUGCUGGCGCUCGUUCUCCCUGAAGGAUUACCUAAUCAAACACAUGGUCACUCACACAGGGGUGCGUGCCUACCAGUGCAGCAUCUGCAACAAACGCUUCACCCAAAAGAGCUCCCUCAACGUCCACAUGCGGCUGCACCGUGGAGAGAAGUCCUACGAGUGCUACAUCUGCAAGAAGAAGUUCUCUCACAAGACCCUGCUGGAGAGACACAUGGCUCUGCACAGCACAGGGGGCGCCGUCACAGGGCUGUCGGGGGCAGCAGGUGCCGGUGGCCCUGUUUCCAUUCCCAUGGCCGUGCCCGAACCUGGCGCCGGCGUGGUGGCCCUCGCCAUGCCCGUCGGCGGUGGCGCAGGAGUAGGGGGUGGGGUCGGACCAGGAGUGGGUGUGGCUGCGGAGGCAAGCUGCCAAGAAGGGACCACCUACGUGUGCUCCGUCUGCCCUGCCAAGUUCGACCAAAUUGAGCACUUCAAUGACCACAUGCGAAUGCAUGUCUCCGAUGGAUAAGUACAAAUAGAUACACUUCUUUAAAAAAUAUUAAAUGAAAAGAAAAAUGGCACUAGAUUUUUUUUAUUUUGAGGCAUGAAGAAUAAUCAGUAUAGACACUGGCACAUUAAGUUUCCCAGAAAUGAGUUUUUUUUGUUAUUCUAAAAGAAAAACAAGAUGGUGGCCUUAAGGCUUUGUAGUUUGAUAUUGAUCCACUGGAUGGAUCCUUACUACAGGCCUCUAAAUGUAUGCUUUCCUAAAAUACUGAUUUAUGUGUUGAACACUACCGAAAGGCCUAUGAAAGAAACACACACACAUACACAAAUUCAAACUCACACACCUAUAUACAGUAUAAAUAUAUCUUUGUAUGAGUGUAUGUGUUAAUCUGUGUAUGUGUGUACUUGUGCGUGUGUAUUUGUAUGUGUGCGUGUGUGUGCGUGUGCAAACAUUGCCAUGGAAUUUGGAACAUGGUAAAUGUAAUCCCAUAUUGACCGUUUUGGACACUAUUAGGAGUCCAAGCUUACUGUGGUAUAAUUUUCACAAAAAAAUAUAAAAAAUCUGGCUUGGGCUAAAGAUUCCCUCUGAAAAAUAUUGUUGGUCACAAGUUUGCCUUCUUAUGUAGGGUAAGAAAAGGAGAGUAAUUAAUUUGACACUGGGUUUUUAUUUAUUAUCAUUAAGGUAUUGAGGGAUUACAAUACAGCUGUUGUGAAGGUACAAAUUGAUAUUAAUAAUUGUACUGAAAUGUGACUUCCUGUGAGUGGGUAUAGAAAUGGGUAUUUAGUAUAUGUGUUAUUGUCCAUGCAUUUUGAUGGUUCAGGUUAAGUUUACAAAAUUAGGGUUGUUGAUAAGACAGUAUUUGAGCAAAAAUGUAAUAUUAUUAGGAGUUUAUUUCAUUUGCAUACACUGCCACUAAUAUCUUAGAAGACUGUUAAGGCUAUUAGACCUCUUCCAUUUACAACAUGUGACAUAACAAAAGACUAAAGGUUCUUCUUGACAUAAUGAGGUUAUAAAUGAUUGUUUAGUUCUACAAAGAGGAUUUGACAUUGCAGUUGUAGCAGGCUUGAUUGAGUAUGCUACCAGACUCAUCUUGACUGCUGCUUCGCAAUCUGCACCAGACUGUUAUCAGCUGUAGAUUACAACAUGAUUGGUCAAUAUUACUAUUAACGUUUAAAUUAAGAAACUAAAAUAUAUGAUUUGAUAAUGGAAUGGUUUACCAGGAUAGUUUAAGACAGCUGUCAGAUAGAUUACCGGUAAAUUGAGUGAUUCUGUGAACUUGCAUUGGACAAAAAUAUAAUUGUAUGACCUAAAUCUCUGUAUAUCCUGUUCCUAUGGACAUGACACAGCUAUUUGAGCAGGUGGAGAAACUAAAAUGCACUACUCCUGAAAUGUUAGCUCCACCUGGUGGCCCAAAUGGCAUGUCACGUUCGGACAUUUAAUACAGACACCGAGACAGACGAGGCAAAAGAAACCACAAUAACAUAUAAUCCCGGUCAAUAAUUACUUCAUAAUAUAACACAACUUGCAGAUGGACUUCCAAGACAAUAAGAUACAUUCCUGAUUUCACAGAUACCUAGACACAGUGUGUACAGAAUAGAUUUGGGAGUAAAGCAAGUGUCACGUCACUCAAAGGCUCUGCUCUGAUAUUUGGCUUACUGUUCAUGCAUUUUAUCCAAAAUAAGACACACAUGUCUGCCUGCAACUGCAAUCUGAAGAUUUUGCUCAUUUCUUUGAGUAGACACCUUUUUAGUUACCAUGACGAGAUAGUAACUUACCAGAAUUACAGUACAGUCUGAAAACAAUAUGUUGUAGAUAAAAACAAAGUGCUGCUUUGCACAUUUUCUUCAAAUGCCUGUGCUUAAUAUUUUAUUGUUUUACUUAAUAAAUGAAAUUCUAUUAUUUUCAUUUGUUCAUUUUUUAAAGGAAAACAUCUUUCUUAAAAGCUUGAUAAGAGGACUGCAUUAUUUUCUUGCAUAGCCUAUAUGUUGCACUGCUUGAGCCGAUAAGUGCACUACUGUUACCAGAGAUAUUAUAGUUUUAGAGAAAAAUAAUCAUUUUUUAUCUAAUAAUUUGUUGUAGAAUUAACGUGUUAGAAUAGCUUUGUUCCAUUUUACGAUAAGGUCAUUUUAUGUUUCUUAGCUUUUGUUAUCUCUUGUUAUUAUAUGUAUUUACUUGUGCUGUGUUUGUGCAAAGCGUUUAGUUCUAUUUAAAUGUGAUCCAUCGUGUGAGCUUGUCUCUGUUUUCAACCUUUUAAUAUAUUCUUUUCAAGAGGUAAUCCCCUUCAACAGCAGUUAUCCCAUUGCAUACAUUAGAACAGAUGCUGAAUUUUCAUACAAAAGCAUUCAUGCCAAACUAAAUCCCCCCCCAAAAGAAAAAAAUAUUUUAUAGUGUCCUUGGACAUAAAUUAUGUGUAUUUUUUAGAACAAGUUUCUUUAGGAAUUACAGGGUGGGUGGGAGAUUGUACGCAGCUAUUAUUUGCUAUUUGUAAAUUGUACACAAGUCUGCAUCUCUUGUGUUUGUCUGUGUGAGUGUUUGUGUGUGUUGUAUAAUCAAACUGUUGGUGUCCCAAGUGGAGGUGUAAAACCUGAACUGUAGGGCUUCCUUUGCAAUAUGCAGUGCAGGUACUGUGAGACGCAGCUUUAGCUAACCCUCUUGGGCUAAUAAACACAUUUGUUGUGCACAUUUACAAAGACAUCUAUUGAUCAAAUAUUGAUAGUGGUAAAUACAUUGCCCCGAGUGGAAGAAGUGCAUGGCAUCUUGUGCCUAGUGCUUUAGUUAGCUUCAGCUGGUUGAUAUUUGGAUAAGGCCUACCUAAUACUCUUCUAUCAUCUUCACCGUAUUCUAUCUUUGUCUCUUUCAAAUUGAAAACAAGGAAGUGAUGAGGGCUAUUAGUUAGUAAUCAAUCCCAGAGUUUCCUCAUAUCAUCAGAGCGAGGGCCUUGCAUUAUGUUUCAUAGAGUUUCAUCUGGUCACUGAAAUAGCAUGUGGUUGUCAAGUAAAGGGAACAAUAUAUGUGACUUGUGAUUGGGCCGCAGUUUGUUAUCCUGUGCUGCAGAGGUCUCUAUCGGGAACACACAUAAAUGCUUCUACACUGUUGCUCCCAUUGCUACUCUGUAGGACCAGGAACUGCAUGUCUGCAUACAAGGUUAAUUGUGUCUGUAGUCUUAGAGGACUCUGUCGUCUCAUGUUUGAUGAGACAAAGUCCUUAACAGAUGGUUACAGUAUGUAAGGAACUGCUGAGAUCUAUUUUGAUCACAUGUUAUUGCUCUGGCAUACAGUUGUUGUUGGUGGUGAUAGUGGUGGUAGGGGUGGUGGUGGUGGUAGAGGGAGUAGUGGUGGAGGUGGUGGUGUUGUCUGCUCUAUGGAACAAUAUAUAAAUGGUCAACCAGCUAGGCAGAGCAGUACAUUCACCAAGUUAGUCCCAGUAAACACAGUAAGAACCAUGCACUGUGAACUAAGUCCAACCUUCAGUUUCAGAAACAGAAUAAUGAAUGCUAAACAAUUUAACCAUCACUUAUUUCUUAUGAAACCAAGGCCAGACUAUAGUUUCUUCCAAAUGUAUUAUCAGUGAGAUAAUCUAGCAUUAUUUUGACCACUUUGCAGUCUCUUACAGUCAGCCUAAAUGAUAUUUAUGUAAUAAAUGAAUCAAAUGCACUAUUGACUGUAGAUGUUUUUCUAAAGUACAUUUUCUCGUUGUCAUAGGUUGUGAAAAAAGAUAAUAGCAAAGGAAUAGUUUAAUAUUGGUUUUGAGAUAUUUCGAGAGUGGAUUUGGGCUAUAUAAAUCACCCAUAUUAUCACACAGCUCACGAGACAGGUUCAUUGGAAACAUAACAUCAUCUUUGACAAUACUGAGGUAUAGACCUGUUGGCUCUCCCCUGCCCAUAGAUGGUUGACCUCACUUAUACCUAUGUGUGACUUACAAGCAGACGUUUAGCAUUAGUAUCAUCUUAUGAUACUAUAAAUUGACAUGACGUAAGAACUUUCCAGGAUUUGUUUUCCAACGACACCAUGUUUUGUCGGCAGUCCCUCCAUGGCCUUUCUUGUCAUUCUCUCUUUUGUUUGAUUAACUUAUUGUACCCGUGGCUCAUGUCAUUGUGUUCAAUUAAUAGUUAGUUAAAAAGUUGGGAAAACAUGCAAUGCAACCCUGAAAUACGCCCCUGUCGCUGUUGUCCUUGGUUUAUAUACUAUACAGUCAAGAAAGAGUUUAGAAUUUAUGUUUGUAAGAUUACUAUAACAUAAUGUAUUUUUCAGCUAUACAAUAUAUUCACAAGUAUAGAAUUAGUUAGAAUUAAGCCUACAGCUUUUCGUUUGGUGUUUUAACUAUCAUGUUCUUAUAUUUCACGUUUUUACUUCAUUGUAGAGACGCAGGAUCAGUUUUGCAGUGUGUUUGAAUCAUCUAUGUGCUUGUGUGUUCUCCAGGGCUUUAAUUUGCCUGAUUUUCUUGCAACCAUUAUGUACCGGUGCAUUUGUAAAUAGUUUUUAGUUAGUGGGCAAAGGAUAGACAGCCAUUGAGUAAGACAUCGUAGCUUGUCAGAAGCGCCUAUCUUCUCGUUGGACAUGAACCCUCUUUUCAAAUGGGAGAUACUGUACUUUCAGUUGAAGAAAAAAAAUAGGAAAAUAUAACAAAUGUAGUGCGAAGACUAAUGUGAUGUGAUCAGUUACUAGUAUAGCUCUUGUGACUAAGCAGGCUUUUAGAGAAAAACCCAUGCUGUUUAUCUUACAGUUCCUGAUUUACUUUCCUUCAGUGUCCUCACAUUCAUUUUAUUCACUCACCUAGAGUAGUAAUACGUAGUAACUCAGAAACUAACAAUUACCAUGACAGUAAACCUGCUGGCAUACAUUAUACAGAUACAGUCCAACUACAUAAUAUCAGUUGAAUCUAAAGUAUAUAUACACAGUUUUUUUAAUCAAUAUGUUCUUCAUCAACAACUUUAACACAUAUAAUGGAAAGCGUUUGACAGAAAUGUAACUAUAGGAAUAUGCUUUGAGGGAUAUAAGGAGUAUGCCUAGCUAUCAAGUGCCUAUUUAUACAUUACUAUACUAAAUCUUCAUAAAGUAGUUUUGCUCUCCUACCGUACAUUUUCCAAAUAUAUACAGUAGCUAUAUACACAUGAUAAUCUAUACACAAAUUAUAACAAUAUUUAUACUACUAUAACAGCAAUGUUGGUCACAGUCAUAACACAGUGCAUCCUAAGAAAGCCCUUUAAAAUAUCUUUAUCCGCCUCAAAUCUUCUAUUUAUAUAAAAUAGAUUUGUUAUUAUUUCCUGCUGACAUACUUAGUUUUAUAACUAGUACAUAGGAGAAAACAGCUAUUAUAAACAACUGGAGUUCAUGAACUGUAGUAAAGAUUCACUAUAAGGGGCUUGGCCAUGAGGCAUUCAACUAACUCUUCUUCAUUAAAACAAUGAGUAAGCAUGUGUAGUAAUAUGAUAUAGUAGCUAGUCACUAUCUUAAUGUUUGCCAUUACAAAAACACAACAUUGUUUUGUUCGUCUAAAACUACAGGUAUGUGUUCCGAAAGAUUUUGAACAGUUUUGCGUAGUUUGCCCAGGUUUGUAAGCACACCUAAAUUGUCAUGACUUCUGGCUUAUCAGCACCAGCCAUCAUUCUUCUGCCACACUGAAUGUCUAUAAUUACAUUUGGGGGGGGUUUUGCUGUUAAAAAUAAUAUAAAUAGUAGUCACUAAACCACUUCUUUUCUUACCUUUCGAUUUUUGUUUUGAUGCAAAAUACCUACCACAAUCAAAUGUUGUCCUUAGACAUAGCCUAGCUAUUCUCUCAGAAUACAGUGAUUAUGAUCUCACAUAGGACAUGCCAGUCAGUUGAGCACAUUCCUUGUGUUUGUUCUCUGGUUGUAGCUCAUAAUGAUGGAUAAAGUGUAUACUAUUGUCUUUGUGCUGGUCGGAAUGUUUCAGACCUAGCAAUCAAUGAUACUACUCGGUCCCUGCAGCUAGCUACACGUGCGCGCCUACGUUACUGUACUUGAUCAGUAACAUCAGUGCAGUGCUAUAUUUGCUUCAGCUACUACAGCCUACAACAACACAGCAAUAUCAGUUAGAAGUGCAAUCAAGUUUUACAUGAAGAGUACCAAGCAUUUGUCUGAGUGCUAGCUGUAAUUAAAAGUGUCCUUGUAAGCAAGAAUCAGACCGCUAGCAGUCUUGUCAUAAUCUAUCGUUUUAUGAGAGUGUUACUCUACAAUAUGAUUUGGAAUCAAUAUUCACCAAUUGUGUGUCUCUCUACCUUGAAUUGAUAAGGAAAGUUAGUGUCAUAAAUGAUUAGGACCCAAUACCCGCAGCAUAUCUGAAAUAUGCACAUUCCUGUAAUGUCCAGAACAUUCCUGUCCCUAGUCUGGCCUCACUCUACGAGAUUAUGUUGUCGAUUAUUUCAGACUCUGUAACAAAUGAUGUGACCCCAACAGCCUUACUAGGACAAUAGAUCAAUGACUUUAUUUUCAUUACUUGCUGGUCUGUUCUGCUGGUUAUUUUGUCAUGUGACAUUUUCCCCUCUACGUUGGUUUACGUUUAGUUGAAUCUCCACAAUAAUCAUCCUCACAUUUAUGUUUAUUAUAGUGUCACUGGCUUGCUAAACUGUAUAUGAUUGCAGAUCCGUCUCAGAAAAGCACUGCUUAGCAUCUCUGGCAUUGAUGGUCCCAUCAUUGGAUUUUCUUUAGCUUCUAACCAUAGUGCAGAAUAUGCCCCUGCAUAAAGGAAAAUGGCCUGCUUGCUACCAUGGUGUGUUCUUCUGGAACAUGGUGUGUCCUUCUACCUAUCGGAUUGUGUUCCAUAUGCAAUAUAUCUCAAACUCUCCCUUAAAAGUCUCUUAGUUACGGAGAAUACUGAGUCAUCUAGAAGAUGUGGAGUUUGAAAGGUGCUGAAUAAAAGAGCCUCAACAGUAGCUUGCUUAGCACCUUGAAUAAUUGUCUUGGGGCAUUCAGCAGGUCUCUUGCACUUCUCACAUGUCCAAAAUAUAAUUGAUGUCUAUGGUGAGACUAAGCAACAUGCACUGCACUGUGUUACCCAUAUGUUUCUCUACGUUUGUCUCUCUUUUACCUAAUAGGUUUGGUGAACAUAUUUCUGCCCACUUUCUGCCGUGUACCAGACAUACUUGUGGUCUCAAUCAGCAUGCAAUCAUAUAUAAUUAGUUUGGACAUGCAGAGCUUCCAUUACAAUACGUUGCUUGGUGUUGUUAAAGGUGCCGGUGGUAGUAAUGAUUUGUUGUGAUAUGAAACCAAACCAUCAGGGGGCUAUUGAACAUGUUGGAUGACAUAUGCUUGUUUCCGUGAACACCAAAGAAUGAUGAGAAUAUCACAGUGUCUGAAUUUCAAGCAGAAAGAACAUUAUCUGUUGUGUAAGCGAUAACAAAGACUACCAAGAUGUACGUUCCUAUAAAUUUGUACGUGUUCAAAUCUGGCAAGAUGGCUAAAAUUAUAUUUUCUUUGAUACUCAAGACAGGGUGCUUGUGAAAAUGCUUUUCUGCGUUUUGUCCUCUGAUCGCUAUUGGUAGACUGUAGUUUAAUUGUUGUGUUAAUGUGCCUACUGUAGACCAAAAUAGCUUUUCUAAAGAAAUUCAGCAAAAUAUAAAAAGAAACCUGACACGUAGUAGUUGUUGUAGAACUAUAGCAUGUUAUAACAUGAAUAAGAUUGUAAAUGUUGCAUUGUUCCUCUGCUUAAAAUUAAUACUCAAUAUCCAUUAGUUAUUUUUUCUGCACACACUUAGCAAAUUCAUUUAGGCUUUUCCAAUACACAUUUGAUUUGGUUUGAUUGAUCCGUUUAUCUUUGUUUUAUCCGUUUGUCUGUUAUUCCAGUUUUCAGUAAUUGAUUUCUUCCUGCCAUAUUGUUGAUUUCAAAGCUUUUAUUCUCUGAUAAACUAAAUGCACUCGAUUGGUGGAGAACUGAUACUAAAUUGACAUGCCAUGCACAAUUUAUCUGUUUGUCUGACUAAUAUUCUAAAGACAUCUGUCUCAAAAUGUUAUUCAAACAUAUAGUGGAAGAUCCAUACUGAAUUUAGACUGUUUUUUCAGACUUUGAGGUGGACCAAAAUAUGAGUUGCUUUUGCACAUACUUGUUUUGCAAUGUGUUGAUGCCAUUGAGUAAAAGAGUAGGAAGAUUAAACUUGCCGCUGCCCAUAACAACCGAACCAAGCAACACAAAGAGGCCUAAAUCUGAUUUAAGGGCAAAUGAUUUAUCCCACAAUACGAUAUUAUAACAUUUUGAUGGCUUACCUAGAGCCUGCUACAGAUACAUUUCCCCCAGAGAGCUUUAAACUCAAAAGCCAGCUGACAUUUGAUGAAUAAUUAAGGCAAAAACAACAAAACGGUGUAAAGAUAUUACUAUUAAUUGAGUUGUAUUAACAUCUUGAUGAGUUGGACCAAAUUUCUUAUCAGUUGGUAGCAUACAGUACAUGAUGUUGAUUACUACAUUAUAUAUUUGUUGUAAUAUGAAUUGUUCAUAUCAAAGAAAAAUGUAAACCGUUGGAAAAUAUGUAUUAGUAAAAUGUCACUUAUUGUGGAGGUAUGACAUCAUUUGUAUUAGUAAAAUGUUACUUAUUGUGGAGGUAUGACAUCAUUUGAAAGUUUUUUUCAAGCUGGAUGUUUGAAAUAUGAUUCGUUAUUUGGGUCAUGCUUCUUUAGUGUGGUAGUUGCAUGAAGUCAGUGUCUACAUUGGACAUUGUAAGAUCCACUCAGUGAUGAAUCAGAAAGUCAGUAUGCUCCCACAGUACAUGUGUAGAUUUAUGUUACAGAAAGCUUCAGUUUUUAAUCAGAUAUUCAAGCUUUUUUUCUGCCAUCUUAAAGCUGUUUAUUUAACAAAUGUACCUGCAGUGAAAAAUAAGUUGCACUUACACAUAUAUAUAUAUUAUAUAUAUGUGUGUGUGUGUGUGUGUAUGAACAAUCUUUUUGUUAGGUUUUGUUGCCUGCUUUGGCUUCUGAUUUCUUUAUCUUCCUGAUCAAAUACUCCUUAUAUAUUAGAAUAAUAAACUUGGCAGAAGUGAAGCUGUUGUAGUAAAGGUAUUUAACAUCACAAAUAAGCAACCCUGACUUAUAUGCUGCAGUAAUGUUGUGUUUUCAGUUUGUUUUCUUUUAUGUGUGCUCUAAGUUGGUUGGUAUUUUUAUUACUCUUAUGAAACAACCUUGUUUGAAUUGUAAGACUGCUGUUUUGAAAUAGGUGAUGAGUUUUUUUUAUGUAUGUAGGUAGGUAGGUAGGUAGGUAUGUAGGUAGGCUACAAGGAAGUUUCAUACUUUGACUUGUCAAACACUGGACUGGAGUGAGUUUUCCAACAUUUCCAAGUUGAGAGCUACUAUAUGAGACAUGAACCGACUGCACAGAAUACAGCCUUAUCGCACCCAUUACCUGACAGACAGAGAGGGUCCAACCUGCUACAGAAGGAAUAGUGACUUCUCUGAUUGGAAAUUAUAUUUCCACCAUUUAAUAGAUAAGGUGCAGAAAUAUAUCUGCCAAAAUGUUGCAUUUGUCAGGCUUAUCAAAUCUGGCCAUCAUAAUUAUACAAUGAUUUCAAAAUUCCCUGUUCUAACAAAAUAAGUAAAUGCUAAAAUAUCAAAAGGGAUACCACUUAAUAGCAAUUCAUUAAUCAAAAGAAACCACUUGGUAUAUGUUGUCUUACUAUGUCAAUCAAACAUAUAGAUUGAACCCUGUAGUGAUCUUAAUGUCAGAGUCUUUUUUAGAGCCAACUACCACUUAUCAAACCAGAAAAGAGAUUUGCACUAAACAUAUUUUGGUCUUCGUUGAUGGAAAGCAAUAUGACACAGAACAAUUGACACAUUCUUCAAGCCACAGUAUCUCAAAUAAGAGAGCUGUCUGUGCACAGGGGUAAUGCUGUGUAAAAGGUGAUAUUUGAAAGGUUUGUUGGGGAAAAAAAUUGUGUAAAGGUACAGAAUGGAAACUUGUUGUCUUUGAGACGCACAUUAUAAACUUGGACACGCACACAUUGUUGUUCAGAGUUGACAUAUUUGACCAAUCAGAAGUGUCCGAGUCUGAGGUGCAUAGUUUCCUCUUGUGAUUGUUUUGGAGAAAAUGAAACGGCUCUUACUAGCCCUAAAUGAGGGACGGGAAGGAGAGGAAAGUUACAACAUAUCCCAUAAACAUGCAAUCAUUGUAAAAUGUCCUCAUCAAAAAGAUAACUGAACAAAAGGUAAAAAAGGUUUAUGUUACGUAGACACAUUUUUUUCUCCAAAUGAUUCCAACAUAAGACAUUAAACUUCCUCCAUGUUAAAACAUACAGUUUUCUUCACUGAUUUACUUAUUUUUGUUUUAAAACACUCAUAUGAUCUGUAAAGAUUCAAGGUCAGUUCAAGGUCAUUUUUCUGGGAAAUGAUUGAUUAAAAAUAUUUAUGAAAAAAAGACGACAACAUUUGUGUAGUAAAACACUGAUGGAUGGGAAAUGCAACUUUCCUUGUCAAUUGUAACAUCAGUUUCGCCAUCCAAAGAAUCAAAGCCCACUCACAUAUAUUGUAAUUCAUAAUUAUCCAUAAGAAAAUAGACAAGAGUUAGUGAGGUGAAAUAUUGUUGACGCCUAAAUGUUCUUUAUUGAGAAUUUUAAAUCAUCAAUCAUUUAUGAUAGCAAUCAUGACAACUAUGAUUUUUGGUAUCUGGAAAUAUUAGCUUUCCUGUUAUUAGGCCUACCGUUUUGUGGUGCUGCAGUUUGUCUAAAUAUGUUGCGUGUUAGAGGAAGCUUAAGUAUGUGCCUUCUUCUAAUCUCCUUGGUGAGCUUGUUAUUAUUGAGAAGCUUAAGCCAGCCAAUUGUGUUUGCACUAAAACCAAAUUGCUUUUGUGAUGUAGGCUAUUUAAAGCAAGCUUGUUGCGUCACUUUAACCGUACAGUAUGCAUGAGGGUGAAAUUGGUAAGUGAUAGGGCUAGAGCUCCCAUCUGUUGAACUAGUGCAGCUUAGGGAAUCCCCUGAACAUAUCAGCUUUGUACUGCGUUCAGUUUUUGAUUCCAUCUCCUUCAUUACUCUUCUAAAUUAUCACAGACACAUGUUCCACAGUAAAUAGUCUCUGUGGAAUAUCCACACUCUAAAAGAUAAGUAAAUAACAUAAGAAAUCAAAUAAAGCUCUCCUUUUAUAUUUGUUUCAUAUGCCACAGCUGAACAGCUGCAUUACUGUAGUAAGAGAUAUUCAACCAUUCUCUCAGCCCAUGGAGGUGCAUGAUUACAAGAGGUCGCCUCGAGACUUGGUCAACGUUAUUUUUAUGUUUUGUGAAAGUUUCUGUUUCUAAGUUAUUUGUGUUUGAUUAAAUCUAAGAGAAAGACCUACAGUACAUGCUUUGAGUCUUACAAAUGCACCUUAUUCAUGUCAGUCUGAGUGGAAAAGACUGGCUAUGUAAUAUCUCUGGUUUAACACCUUACUACACAGCAUGUUUUCACUUUAUGACAGUUUUGUUAUUCUUCCGUGCAUAUGAUUUCCAAAAUAAACCUUAUAUAUUUUGUGAAAAUGUUUAAAGGGAUGUGCCAAAGUUUGGAGGCGAUCUCCCAAGUUUUUAUGCUAAUUAUUUGUUCUUUCUUCCUCCUUCAGUUAUCACAGUGGUAUGUCAAACCUUUCCUAUCAAUGUUUGAAAGCAAGUUAUUUCAGCAAACAGUAUCAUUACCUGCCAUUUUACAGCCCUGUAUUUCACAUAUAUUUACCAGUGAUGUGUAUUUGUUAUUAUAAAGAAAAAUAGCCGUAAAGCUUCAUUAUGUUACAUAAUAUUGUGACUUUUUUCGAAAAACUGUGAAGACUUAUCUUGCAUAUACUUUAUACAGAAGUAUUAAGCCUUAAUACAAAAGACUAAAAAAAGUGAGGAAGAAUAAACUGAUUGUUGCUAAGUAAGGAUGAUUUUUUGUAAAUGUUACCAGCACUUUUUUUGUAAUUUUCACUCUGAGGUAUUGUACAAGUUCACGCUGUUUGUGAAGUUUGAUUAUGAAGGAAUAAAAACUAGUACUUUCCUGUACUUCACAGAAA